UGGAAUCUAGAGCCAUACAAAUCAACGAUUGUACUAUGUACAAAUCUUCCUUAAGAACCUAUAAAAAUACCUGAAAUUCAGUGGAAGUGCCAGAUUCUCAGACUUGUAGGUCAGAUUUUUAAAGGAGUGGAGAGAGUGCUGAAAAGGCUGAAACUGAUGGAUGGGGUUUAUUAUGUGGUGUAUGCUUUGGCAGUGGUGAGUGUGGGGAUUGGAGGACUGGCAAUGGGGCUGAAUGAAGGAGUGGAGGAGUUAUUAGUGUCGUAUGGCCUGGAAGUUGUUUUGGUUCUGCUAUGAGGUAUUUACUUCUUUUUUCCGGCUCAGAUAGCGAGAGGGAGAGUAUUAGUGAUUGUGUUGAUAUCCAUGGUUUUUGUGGGAUUUUAUGUCUCGAUAACAGGAUUAGUGAUAUUAGCCCUAAUGUACAUUGAGGAAGGAGAUAAUCGGUUUUAUGUUAAUCGUGUAAGUUCCCAACCCAUGGUUAUUAUUAACUACAUUGCUUUGAUCACAGGUCUUUUGGCCCCAAUGGUGCUCUCUGUGACUACCUUCCUUCUUAUGUGAGCCAGAGCCUCUGUUGCAGAUGAGAUAUCUAGACAGUGGGAAAGGAAUAGGAGUGGGCAGAUGGAUUGUAUGUUUGGGGAGAAUGAUGUGGAGAAUGGAUUGACUGUUCCUUUGGAACCGGCUGAGGGGAGAGAUACUUCUUAAGUAUACCAAUUUGUUUCCAUUCUAAAUGAAUUGAACAGUUUCGCGAUAGCUCAAAAAAGAUAUAAUGUUAAUAGUCUGACUAAAAGUUUUAAUA